CAAGGAAUAAUCAAAUAAAACUCUAAGAAGACUUUGUUGGGAGCGCAUGGUAUCAGCAAUUUGAUCGCAUCAACUCACAACACCAUGAAUCUGCCGUACCAAUAUCUGAGCAGACUUGGACAAAGCUCCAUCCUUUGCGCUGCCAAGGGAGCCAGCAUCCACACAUUCGACCUCGAGGCCGGCAACUCAUUUCUCUCGUCAUGGACUCAUCCACUCACAAAACAAUUCAGUAAUGGCGAACCUCAGGAGACUGGUCAGGAAGGUCAAGAACUCAAUGAGCAAGAGAGUGGUCAGCGCCCAUCGAAAAAGCGCAAGCUGAAUGGAGAAAAUAAGCCCAGCGCUGAGGAGGGUACUAGUCAAGCUGACACGGGUGCAGUGGAAGCAGCAGCAAAUGGCAAUGGAAAAAAGAAACACAAGCCCGAGUCUCGUGUUCAGGGGCCGGAAAUACCCUUUGUGGCUCUCAUGACGGCAACGGAAGAUGGGAGACAUCUCGUCGCCGUGACUGGCCAAGAUAAGACGCUUUGGGUAUUCGAGCACGAUGGGAAGGGCGAGCUUAAGGAAAUAAGUCAAAGAGUCAUGCCCAAGCGUCCCAGCUCCAUCGCCAUCACCCCGGACGGGACUACAAUCCUAUCCGCAGACAAAUUCGGAGACGUCUACUCGCUACCUCUCAUCCCAGCCGCCACACCCCCGGAACCAACCAGCACGCCCCCCGGCGCGCCCGCCCCGGCUUCAUCUUUCAAGCCCGCAGCUAACCGGCUAACCGUGCACUCCCAGCGCAACCUGCGCGCCCUACAAGAACAAGAGCGCAUCCUAGCCAGCCGCAAGAGCGCGCCCGCCCAACAAGACGCCCCGCCGUCCAAGCACGAGCCCAUCCUAGGCCACGUCUCGAUGCUGACGGCCCUGGCCCUGGCGGCAAGCCCAGACGGCAAGCCCUACAUCAUCACGGCCGACCGCGACGAGCACAUCCGCGUCUCGCGCGGCAUCCCCCACGCCCACGUCGUCGAGAGUUACUGCCUCGGCCACCAGGCUUUCCUCAGCGCCCUCUGCGUACCUGCCUCUCGCCCGGGAGUCCUGGUCUCCGCCGGCGGCGACGACCACCUGUUCGUGUGGAACUGGAAGGCUGCCCAGCUCCUCGGCAAGACGGACCUCCUUCGCCACGUUAAGGAGAUAGCGCCCGGCGCGGUCCAAGUCGCCGUAUCGCAGUUACUUUCGUACGAUGUGGACGAGAGAUGCUUUGUGUUAGCGAUUUGCGAACGUGUCCCGGCAAUCUUCAUAUUCCAAGUCCUACCAGACAAUACCCUCAACCACGUACAGACGUUGCGUUUACAAGACAACCCCCUAAAUGCUCUCGUCAUCACCAGACCAGAAAGCUCUCCUAAAUUAGUGGUCGCAACUGAUCCCCAGCAGCCAACUACUAACAACGGCACGGCACAAGCAGGGGAAGAUACCCCCAUGACAGAACUAACCCGCUCUCUCCUGCUCUUCGAGCGAGACCAGACAGAAAACUGGGCUCGGAAAGGGGGCAUUCAGGAUAUCGCCGAGGGAAAUCUAGAUGUUUCGCGGAAGGAGUUGGAGACUAUUCUAUAUACGGUCGAACACCUGCGGAAGACCGAGUUUACGGACGAUGUUGAAGGAGACUCUGUUGCACCUUAACUCUACUAGACCUGUACGUUAAAUAUUUACAACUUCUCUAGGUAAGUAUGAAAUAAUACAACUGUUAAGUCGUAACAAAUCAUAUUGCUCAAGUCAGUAAGACACGUUAGCAAAGGUCACAAACGCCGUUACGUUACUGUAGUUUGGACAUGAUUGUUUCCAAUGAAAUCAAUACCGGUAUUGCAAUCAUGUAUAAAGCACGUCUGUCCUGAUUCCUCUCUAUGUCCGUCGAACGCCAAUUUCGCAAGAGCAUCACGUGCGGAAUGAUGCUCGGUGUAAUCGAUGAUAAUAAUAAA